AACUUCCAUUGCUACUUGGUCGAUAACAAUGGCUACAUUUUAGCCAGCAACAACCCAGAUGGAAAUGGAACGGGACUAUUUUUGGGUCAACAAGAUGGCCGCCUUAUGAGAGCUCUUCUGGAGGACAAGAUAUUUAAGAUGUAUCAGCUGACAGACUAUCAAAGCAUCUGUCAAACUAUGCUCACGCCAGAUCAGGAGAGCUCCUCAUCUUUUCCAAUGAAUCCUCUCCGUCUGAUUACAAGAUUAUUCUUCUGGCUGAUUUCAGAAGUUAUAAUCUUCUUGUCGGAGUGGAAUCUAUUCAGCUCUUUAUCGCCUUAUUCUGUGUUCGGCAUGCCAGAGCCGAAUGGGGAUGAUUUCCCCACGGGAAAAGACGGGGAAGAGUGCGGGCUGUGGAUCCCCGAGAGACUUGCCCGCUACAUCUACUGUGGCUUUGUGGUGUACGAGGACACGGGCUUCCGCCCCGUGAUGAGCAUCUACACCACCAAGCGCUCGUGCGAGCAGACCGUCAGCCGCUUCGUGCUGGACAAGGCCGCGCUUCUGAGGAGGCCGGCGAGACACAAGCUGCCGGACUGUGCCACGCAGUGUGCCACGCCGCACGAGACUGUGUACGAGGCUCGGUGGCUGAACGAGACGAACCUUGUGUUCCUGGUGUCUGACGCCAGCUGCUACUGCAAUAGCACGCACAACGACACAGAGGAGAUGAUGGACCUCGAAAGUCCGUACACGUUCAAGGUCACGCCGAAAGAGCGUACCUAUAAGGACGACCUGCAGUGCCAGAUUCUACUCAAUUACUCCAAUGAGCUGAAAAGAGUUGACAACACGAGAACGCAAAGCACAUUAUGCCUUGAUUCUUCGAACGAG